AGUGGAGACCGGAGAGAACUAAUUUCCGGGUGAAGGCCCAGAGCCCAAGAGGGCCCAAGUGGGCCCAAGUAGGCCCACAGGCCUUGUCCUCUCGUCGUCGUUACCCGCAAACAGAGGAAACCCACCGGCGAAAACCAACGUUUUGCUUUGCAUCGAUCGAUUCACUUGCGGAGAGCUCAAAUCUGCAACUUCGCCUUCACGCGCAGAGGUUGAUGACACAGAUCGUCUCCGACUGAGGCAUCCCGCGACGAGCUUCGGACCUUCAUCAGCUUCCGAUAGCCGCGCCAGAUCUGCCCCCACACAAAUGGCGCCCGUCUCGGCUCUAGCCAAGUACAAGCUGGUGUUCUUGGGGGACCAGUCCGUCGGGAAGACCAGCAUCAUCACUCGCUUCAUGUACGAUAAAUUCGACAACACUUACCAGGCUACCAUUGGUAUUGAUUUCUUGUCAAAAACUAUGUACCUUGAAGACCGAACUGUUCGCUUGCAACUUUGGGAUACGGCUGGACAGGAAAGAUUUAGAAGUCUCAUUCCAAGCUACAUCCGCGACUCUUCUGUUGCCGUAAUUGUAUAUGAUGUUGCAAGCCGACAAACUUUCCUGAAUACUGUAAAAUGGAUUGAAGAGGUUCGUACAGAGCGGGGCAGCGAUGUCAUCAUUGUUCUUGUUGGGAACAAAACUGAUCUCGUGGAGAAAAGGCAAGUUUCUAUUGAGGAAGGAGAAGCCAAAGCCCGUGAACUCAACGUGAUGUUUAUUGAAACAAGUGCAAAAGCUGGCUUCAAUAUUAAGGCACUAUUUCGGAAAAUUGCUGCCGCUCUGCCUGGAAUGGAGAAUCUGUCUUCGACAAAGCAAGAAGACAUGGUUGAUGUGAAUCUGAGAAGCACUGCCGCCAAUUCAACGCAAUCGCAGACUCAGUCUGGUGGAUGCGCUUGUUAACCACAGCCUCGGCGGAUCAGAUCUUUAAUCAUUAGACUAAGUUCACUGAUUUCUCUAAAUCAGUGAUUCUUCAAUCUUCAAGCCAGCAGGUUCUGAUCAUGUUUUUAUCAGCUUCUUCUUGGGGAAGUAUCAUUUUGGGCAUAAUUGGCCGAGGACUUCUAUGUACAAGAAGUUAUACUUUUUGAGUGUGAAUCUGUUGGAUAGUUUGGGUACUCUAUGGGAUGUGCAGUUAAUGCUGUAUUUUGAAUUGAUCCUGAGUCGGGUCGCUAGGAAGAACUGUCUCUUUGUCUGCAGGUUUUUCAUUUUGCAAGUGCGCAAUUGUAUGUGAAAUAAUGACAAUUUAAUUUAAGUUGAAAACUACCGACAUAUUGUGCAGCGA